AAGCAGUCGCCAAGUUCGGCGAGCAGCUUACAGCGCCCACCAUAGGACGUUCUCGCUGGUCAUUACAGAAGGCUCACAAAUAUGUCCGGGCUUCUGCGAACCGUCGCUUGCCGUGCUGCACCCGUCCUGCGGGGACACACUGUUUGUCAGAGGGCAAAUGUCUACACUAGACCUGCCAAGGAGAAGAUAGGCACUGUGGAAACUCUCAUUGGAUUGGGUUUGUUCGCCUUGGCCAUCCUGGGACCAUCUGGAUGGAUCCUGGCCCACCUGGAGGACUACAAGAAGAGAGAGUGAUUUGGACAUUUGAACACUUGGCCUGGCCUGGUGUUCUCGGUCUCCUGUGUCCAGAUGGAACCUUCACCAACUUCCUUGAAAACAGCCAGUUUUCACUCCAGGCUCAAGUUAUGGACAAAAAUGGUUCCACAACAAUAACCAUUAACCAUGUAGUGUGCAUAUUUUAUUCUAUGUGCAACAUUAAAAUUUAAAGCCAAAUA